AUGACAUUUCAGGGACCGUGUACUACCAGUGUUGACAAGUGGUAGGUGCCUCAUUGAAGUCUCCCCAGCGACCACAUUAUGUUGGACUUGGUCUCGACAAAGAAAGUAAGCAAAGAGGUGCGUCGCUUUUGACAAUGGACUAUUGACUAGAAGUGAGUGAGAAAGAGAGCACUGUAGCUGGCUAGGAGCUGUGGGACGUGGCUGGUCAAUCCUCCAUGGACGGGUCAACAGCAAAGAAACGGCCUGGGCUUCGGCACCACAGAAAAGAGAACUUUGUUUGUCACUUGCCUGUGUCUCGCCAGCCCGCUGAGAGCUGUGAGGAGGCCAUGCAUCCCAGAAAGCUAAAUGGCUCCACCACAGAGACCCCUAGCCACCAAGACCUGCACCGAGAGCUGCUGCUCAGCCACAAACGAGGCCUGGUGUUGGAGGAGAAGCCCGAGCUCAAGAGAGUUCUGGAACAGAGGAGGCUGGAGCAGCACAGAGAGCAGGAGCUGGCCCUGCGGCCUCCGUCUGACCUGGAGACAGAGCUCCGCAAGAGGCAGCAGAGACUGCAGGAGUAUGAGGAGGAGGAGCUUAAGAGGAGGGAGACUCAGGAGAAAGUUCCAGAGUUCAUCCGUGUGAGGGAUAAUCUACGGCGUACGCAGGUGUCAGGGCAGUAAGGGUCACAAACUCUUAA